AUGGCGUCUACUAAGCAGCUGGAAGACACACUGCCACUACACGAUCAUAAUCAAGAUCUUUCUGGCGACACUUUGAACAAGCAAUGGCCAAUCUAUUCUUUGGUCGCAUUCUCAGACCAAGAUCUCAAGCAACUCGAAAGCGACAUCAACAAUGCCGAAGACAGUACCAGCAACUCUGUCCUAGUCACCACACCCAACUUCUCGGACCGCGCCCUCCGUGACACCUAUGACCACCACAUCCAACUUCGCAACGAUAACAAUGAGGUUCAUCCCACUCUCUUUAUCGUGGUGGAUCAAAGAGACUACCAGGAAAAAGGCGUCCUUGUAGUCGAUCUGCAAGUCAUGACAGACACUUCUCAAAACGUCGUUGGGGUCUUGCGCUGUGGAUCCAACGACGCAGACAUGUACUGUGCCAACCUCGACAUCGGAAACAUGGACUUUAUCGACUACAAGGAGGAAGAGCAAAGUCUUUGGGGUGGCGAUGAUCCGUACGAGAAUAAGCGAUACUUUAGCAAAGAAACAAAUUUGUCGGCUUUGCCUUUGGGUAAACAGCACUAUGCAUGGUACAGCAAUGUUGAGAUGAGUAUGCCUUUGUUCCACUCAGACCCUCGAGUAGCCACUGACAAUGCACAGNGUGGGCCAAUCCAUGAAUUGCUAGAGCCAGGUUGGAUUGACAUGGAUGAAGGAGAAUCUCGACUUCACAGAGCAGGCGGCUGGUUUGACGCUCCUGAUCCCUGGCACGAGAUCAGACGCGAGUUCCCUUUUCGCUGCCUCCAGCAACCCGAGCUGCAUCGGUUCUUCUUUCUUGUGGUGGAGAAGGAUGGCAAUGAGCCUGACGCGAUUGCAAUCUGUAAGGCCGAGUGGGAUGGUGAUCUCGGCGGAUAUGAGUACGACAUGAGCUCUUACGAAGGCCAAACUCGCGAUCGUGAGAAGGUGCUUGUGAUCAUGCCGGAGAUGAAAGUAGAGAAGAGGGUCAGCCCGGGAGAGGCGCUUGCAGAGUUGGAUAGAUUGGCACAUGGCGAAACAUAG